AUGGCUAAAAAUGUCAAGACUUUAAGUAAGUCUUCUGAACCUAUACUCCCCAGUAAAGAUAAAACUGUUGUUGAAGAAGAAUCUAGGUCUAAAGGGUCUAAAAUAAGAAAGCCUAGUAUGCAUGUUGAUGGCACCGAGAAUCCAACUAAAACGAAAAGGAGUGCAAUUGAUAAGGAACUUAGGAGCCUUGACAAUGACUCUAGUGAAAAAGAUGAGGAAAGCAUUCCUCAACAUGCUGAUCGUGAGAGAAUAAGUAAAAAGAAAGUUGAUCUUGUUGUCAAUGUUGAAGAACUAACUUAUGAUGAAGAACCCCUUACCAAUAUUGUAACUCCUAGUGUUACCAAGAGACUGCAAAGGCGUAAAGGAAAGGCAGUGGUGUUUGAAGAUUCUCCCUCCAGGGAAGUGAAGAGAAAAUAUGGUGGUUUGAAAGGUACUUCUUCUAGAAGGUCCAUAGGAAAAUCUCAUAUUGGACCUACUAGAUCAUGGAUUAAAGUUGAUACCCCUACUGGAAAGAGGAAAUUUGUCUCUUCUAGUGAAUCCGGGUUUGAUGUCAAAAAGGAUAGAAGGGUACCCUUGGAAAGGGAAUUGGGUAAGGAUUCCCUUAAGUGUAAGGAGGUAGUAGAACUUAUAGAAGCUGCAGGGUUGAUGAAGACUGUCACACACUUUGGCCCUUGCUAUGAAAGCUUAGUCAAUGAGUUUAUGGUGACUAUCCCUGAUGGAUGUGAUGAUACAAAGAGUGCUGACUAUGGUAAGGUGUAUGUGAGAGGAAAUGUUGUGAGAUUCUCCCCAGCUGUGAUCAAUAAAUUUAUAGGAAGAACAGGAGUACCUCAGGCUGAGCUAGAAGUUACUGAUGAUCAGGCACCUGGCCCUGCCACCUCCAAGAAGAGUGUCAUUGCUCAGCUGAAGGAAACUUGUAAAGAGAUGGAGGAUCCCAUCAGAUCUAGCACUACACCAAAGUAUAAACUUGAGACAUUGGUGAAGGUUGUGAUGGAAGAAGAUAAGAAGGAAGUUGUACAUGAUGGUGAUGGAAAUGAAAGAAUUGAUGAUGAGGACUAUGAUGGUGAGAAUGACGUUGAUGAAGAGAAAGAAGAUAAAGGAGAAGAGUAUGCACUAGCUGACUCAGAUAGUUAG